AUGAAGAACGCCGUUGUCCUCAGCUUCCUCAGCGCCACUGUGGCCGUUGUCAGUGCCCAAGAUAACGCGACACAGCCCUGUCUCAGGCCCAACGCCGCCUUCUGCGCGGGAGACUCCCUCAAGACCGAUAUCAUCAUCCGAUGCGACUCCGAGGGCAGGGGCCAGGCCGGCCGAUGCAGUGAUAAUCUCGCCGGCGAGCCUCCUGUUGGCGACACGCCAGCUCUAUGCUGGCAGACAGACAGCGAGAGGGGCGAUGCUGCGUGUGAGAAGAACUGUGUGGUCUUCGGCAGCUCUGACAAUGCCAAUGGCACUUUCACCCUGCCGCCCGCAAUCUGUACCCCGUCACGGACUGCGAACUUCACCGCUCUUCCAACCAAGGUCAUUGGUGGCGGUGGGACCGGUGUUACCGGUCUCCCGACCCCAUCGCCAAAUAGGACAACCGUUAGCGAGACCUCCAUCGGCCCCGUGACUAAAAUCGGCGGCGCGACAGGCCAGCCGAUCCCCCCGACGAGGACCGCCGAGGCCAGCAUACUCCCGACUCGCGGAUCUGGAGCCAGAGCCAAAGCCAACACGGCUGCUGGAGCCCUCGCUCUCGUCGGUCUGGCAGCUGUCUACCUUCUCUGA